AUGCGAGCAUCCAUCUCAACAUUGAGUGUCCUCGCCGCGGGCGCCUCAGCACUUCAGAUUCCUUUAUUUCUUUCGGAGAAGCAAGCGCCCGUCGAGCCUGCUAGUGACGAUGAUUAUCACGGAGAGAAACCGCAGGUCAGCUCUUCGGCGCUGCAGGACCUAAUCAGCGGUAACAAAUUAUACGCACGUGCGAGGAAACUAUAUGAGAUUGCAAAGUUGGGUGAGGAUGAGUAUAAUCAUCCUACGCGGGUGAUUGGCAGCGCCGGACAUGAUGGCACCCUCUCGUAUAUCUACGAGACCAUUCUCGCUCUAGGGCACUAUUAUGACAUCUCGAAUCAGUCGUUCCCUGCUGUCUCUGGAAAUGUCUUUGAGUCCCGCCUUGUUCUGGGCGACGAGGUGCCGAAGUCUGCAUCGCCGUUUGGCCUUACGCCACCUACGAAGAAUAGGCAACCUGUGCACGGCACCGUGAUCUACGUCGAGAAUGAGGGCUGUGAACUCGGCGAUUUCCCGGCUUCCGUCAAGAACAACAUCGCUUUCGUGAAACGCGGUAAAUGCCCUUUCGGAACCAAGUCCGAGCACGCAGGCAUCAAGGGUGCAGCCGCUGUGGUUGUCUACGAUCUAGGAAGCAAAGAUGGUAUCGGUGGGACACUCGGUACACCAUCGCCUAAGCAUAUUGCUACAUUCGGUAUCGGUGGCGAGGACGCGAAACCAAUUCUGAAGAAGCUCAAGAACAAAGAGUACGUUGAUGCGAUUGCGUACAUCGACGCUGAGGUCAAGCAAAUCGCAACGACCAACAUCAUUGCGCAGACUACAUUUGGGGACCAGGACAACUGUGUCAUGCUUGGCGCGCAUAGCGACAGUGUUGCUGAAGGUCCUGGAAUCAACGAUGACGGCUCUGGCACUCUCAGCCUGCUAGAAGUUGCGAGCCAGCUUACCAAAUUCAACGUAUCCAACUGCGUCCGCUUCGGCUGGUGGGCAGGCGAAGAGGAAGGUCUUCUCGGCUCAGACUACUACGUCGCCACGCUCCCGAAGGAGGAAAACCAGAAGAUCCGCCUUUUCAUGGAUUACGACAUGAUGGCCAGCCCGAACUUCGCGUACCAGAUCUACAACGCGACUAACGCGGCGAACCCCAAUGGAUCUGAAGAGCUGAGGGAUCUGUACAUUGACUGGUACAAAGAGCAAGGACUCAACUACACUUUUAUUCCGUUCGAUGGUCGCAGCGACUAUGAUGGGUUCAUUCGACACGGUAUCCCUGGUGGAGGUAUUGCCACCGGUGCUGAGGGCGUUAAGACGAAGGAAGAGGCGGAGCGAUUCGGCGGCAAGGCGGGCGGUUGGUAUGACCCGUGCUAUCAUCAGCUUUGCGAUGAUCUGAGCAACGUCAAUAUCACUGCUUGGGUUGUGAACACUAAGCUCAUUGCCCACUCUGUGGCUACGUAUGCGCGGUCGUUCAAGGGUUUCCCUAAGCGCACGGAGUCUGUCGCGGCGAAAGACUACGCCGAGGGUGUCAAGUAUCACGGCUCGAAGCUGUUCAUCUAG